AUGGCCGCACGGGAAACUCGUUCUGAAGGAUCAUCUUCGCAAUCCUCCAUCUCCACAAAUCCCCGAAAGAUGAACCUUCAUGCUAUUUCAAUCCUGAUGGCCAAAUACGGCGCCGAUACCUAUCUCAAUGCACUGCCAUCAGCAGGUUCCAUGACCUGGAUAGAACCUUCAGUAGGAGAGGAACCUCCAAUUCUGGUGAUUGGCAGCAUAGGCAACCGCAACGUGCUUGCUUAUCUGUUGCCACGUGGGGAUGGCACUAAGGAUGUCCGCUAUUGUCUGAAACAUAUUGGCGAUGAGAGUCCGCCCUCGCCAUCGGAGCAGAUUACUAGUGAAGAAGUCUUGCAAAAGCCUCUUGUCGCACCGUUCAAGCAUCUUGUUUGCGGGUCAAAGUUCAAGAGGCGGGUGCUUAGCAUGGUGGUCCGGUAUUACUUUCUGUCGCGAGGCUACCUAAGCAGCAUUGAUGCUUGGAACGACGAUUUUGGCAAGCGAUUCGCGAGGAUGUUGAGGAAGAUGUCCUGGACUUCCAAUGGAGAACCGCUCCUCCAUAGGACUGUGGAGGAAAGUCCAGAGCCGGAAGAUGGAGAUAGUGCGUAUGGCUUGCUAUCAGAUAGCGGAAAUGGCGAGCCAAAUAAAUCCAGGAGCACAUUCGUGGAGCAGCAGAGCUCUGCGAUGGGAACUCAAGAUCGGUGGAACAAUGAGGCAAACCCGGAUCUACAUCGCCUGCGAGAAUUCCUCGAUGAACACGACUCGUUGUAUCUUCUAGACAACAUUCCUGAUGCUGAAGAUGUCAAGUUUGUGGAUCAGACAUAUAUUCUCGAAGCGCAGCCCAAGAAAUUAUUUAUAGGAAGCCAUACAAAGUCAGGAGACGACAUAUAUGCGUACAUGGUGCUGCUACAGCAUCGUGGCUUCCAUGAGAUCCGAUUUUACGCGGAGAGUGCCCACGGACACAAGACGAUAAUGUCUGCCGAGAUCACAGGCAGGCAGCGUUUAUUGCAUCCUUUCAGUAAGACAUACCCUAGGAACACAGGACCCUGCGAACCAGCUGAUAAGGCUCGAUUUACGCUUAUGGUAAAGUGGUACUUUAUCGCCGCCGGAAUUGCAACGGAUUGCGUCUUAGAAGAGACCAAGAGUUAUCCUGGGCGUUUUCACGCAGCACUAGGAUACAUUGCUGAUCAAAUGGGGACUGCUGCCGUCGAACCUUCGAAACUCAUUGCGGAUGAGGAUGCUAUACCAGAUGAUGCUAGUGAAAGUUCCUACGUUCCAGAAGAAAUUGACGUCCAACCUGCACCGCCCCGCGAACCACCACCCAAGGUACUUCGUCGCCCAGGCACUAUUACUCGUAAAUCGGCUCCCAGCAAGUCACCAUUACAACCAACGCUCAGCAAGAGCUCGCUCACAAGGACGUCUACCUCCGAAGAAACUUUUAUGCCCAAGGCCCCGCCACGCGGCGCUAAGCGCUCAGCCGAAGACGAAACAUUCGAAAGCCUCACUAGACUAGUCUUGAAACAGCAUAAUCUUACCAAACAUCUAAACGACGUCGACCACGAUCUGGAAGUUAUGGAUGCCCGGUUUGAAGCCUUCAAAGAAAAGUGGAAACGAGACCGUGCUGAGUUGGAAAAGAAAAGAGACAAGAUCCAGGAAGAAAGGAGCGCUGUGAGGAACACGUUCAAAAAGCAGAAGCUACUAGAUAUCGAGGACUGA